AUGAUUCUGCAUGAAGCGAUCAUCUGUACCUCGACACCCGCAACGGGCUCUGGGUCAAUUGCGAUUCAUGAUAUUCAAACUGGCUCGACCCUAGCUUCUUUCAAGCAGACGACGGCUGGGCUACAUUCGACUGUUGUCGUUCCUACGCAGCGCCAGCUCGGAGGCCUGAUCCUUGCAGUUCAACAAGAUAAAGCGCUCCUAAAUGUUUAUAACUUUCAAAAGGAUCAAGUGGCUGCGAAAUCGCUGCUUCCAGAGAAGCUAUCGUGCCUGGCAAUUGACUGCGCGGGACAAUAUAUUGCAGGUGGGACUGCUCAAGGCCGCAUCUACAUCUGGGAGCUCGCCUCCGGUCUUCUAUUUAAUGCUUGGGACGCCCACUACCGCAAGAUUACGGUCCUCAAGUUUACCAACGACAAUGCAGCGCUGUUAUCUGGCAGCGAAGACUCUGGCUUGAGCGUAUGGUCCGUGUCCCGACUAUUAGACGAUGACACCCAGUCCGACCCACCUACACCGCAUUGCGUGCUCUCAGACCAUACAUUGCCGGUUACCGACAUUGUGUGUGGUAUAGGCAGCUUUCCUCGUUGCAGAGCACUGUCUGCUUCCAUUGACCAUUCUGUCAAGCUCUGGGAUCUCUCGUCGGCCACGCUUUUGACGACCUUCCAGUUCCCGCAGCCAAUCUCCGCGUUAGCGUGGGAUACCGCUGAACGCGUUUUCUUUGCUGCGGCCCCAAACGGCUCGGUAUUCCAAGUGAACAUGUUCAAGGAGAGAAAUCCCCCCCGUAGCUAUACGGCUAUUGGCGGGUUAGGGUCAGCUGAUGCUCUGCAUGUUGAUGACGACGAGCAAGCCGCCCAAGCACGACGGCGCCGGUUCUUUUCGGUCGGGGAGCCUGUUGUGGCGUUGGCCAUCUCACUAGCUGGCACCUUGCUCUUAACAGGCACUUCUGCAGGCUCGAUACACCUGUUCGACAUCACCUCCAACCAGCUUCUACGCACGAUUUCAACCCACAAAGGCACGUCAAUAACCCACCUUUCGACGAUGAUCAGGCCCCCGGAUCUCUUCGGCCACGUGAAUCUAGCUCUCCAACCCACAACCUCCGAGACCGUCCCAACGAGAAGCGUCGGAGCACUCCAACGGAUGCGAGACAGUAAAUCGCGCGAGGCGCACGAGAUUGCGAGCAUUCUGUCGAGUUCUAGUCAUCUUGACACACUUGACAUGACUCAAGACAUACUUCGUGACCACGAGUUUUUUGUUCAGCACAGCUCAUCCGCCUCGCAGGACCCCGCGUCGUUGCAAGCGCGGGUCAGCGAGCUGGAAACAGAAAUUGACUCUCUUCGAGACCAACUGAGCAAAGCCAAGGGCUUGAAUGAUGCGAUAUGGGAGGGUGUCGUCCACAAGGUCGUUCUUGGUAAAGACAAGGACGACGAGGCACCCGCGGGGCGCAAAAAACGCGGACGAAUAUCAUAA